AUGAGAUUCACCACCCCCACCAUCUCCAUUUUGCUCUCCGGAUUCUUCUCCGGCCUCUCUAUCGCAGACAGUAGCACUUGUAGCAGCAUCUGCGCUCACAACAACGACCCCGGUCUCUGGACUGACGUCCGUGUUCCCUCCGCCCAAGUAGACAACAUCCUCACUAACGGCGGCGGAUGUGUAAAAGGUAGUGUACAAGGUCACAUGUGCAUUGCGAUUAUUGGAUCUGGUGAGGACGUCGACACCGUGGCAGGCUGUCUCGAAGAAAUGGCUGCCCAGUGGCAGAGUUAUACUGAUAAUUGGUACUUAUGGAGCUCGAUUACUUGUGUUUUCGAGACCUCGACUGGAAUUAUUUCCAUCACGGCUUGA